GCUUGCCGCGAUUUCCUGGACUUAGCGGAAACUCACAGCCGGAAAUGGCAGCGGGCGCUGCAGUAUGAGCGGGAGCAGAGGAUCCGGCUGGAGGAGACCAUCGAGCAGUUAGCCAAGCAGCACAACAGCUUGGAGCGUGCCUGCCGCGGAGCCCCCGGCCUCUCCUCCAGCAGUGCCGGCAUCACCAGCACCACCAAGGGGAGCGUGCAGUCUGCCAAAGGAGAGGCCAGUGAUGAAGAUGAAGAGACGGAGUAUUUCGAUGCCAUGGAGGAUGCACCAGCUUUUAUCACUGUAACCGCGGACCCCAAGCACCACAGGCGUUCGGGCAGUAACCUGAGCGGGGCCAGCGAGGGCCACCCCGAGGACUGGAACCUGGAGGACAGCGUCUUUGAAAGCUCCAAUCAAAGCAGCUACAAUGAGUCCACUUGCAAAGAUCUCCUGCCGAAGAAAAGGAGAAGGACUCGCAUCCCCGACAAACCCAACUACAGCCUUAACCUCUGGAGCAUCAUGAAGAACUGCAUCGGCAAAGAGCUCUCCAAGAUCCCCAUGCCCGUAAACUUCAACGAGCCGCUCUCCAUGCUACAGAGGCUGACGGAGGACCUGGAGUACCACGAGCUGCUGGACAAAGCGGUGAAGUGCGAGAGCUCCGCGGAGCAGAUGUGCUUCGUCGCCGCAUUUUCGGUGUCUUCCUACUCGACGACGGUCCACCGCACUGCGAAGCCAUUCAACCCGCUGCUGGGGGAAACCUAUGAGCUCGACCGGCUGGAGGAGUUUGGCUUCCGUUCCCUCUGUGAGCAGGUGAGCCACCACCCCCCGGCAGCCGCACAUCACGUCUACUCCAGGCGAGGGUGGACGCUGUGGCAGGAAAUCACCAUCGCCAGCAAGUUCAGGGGCAAAUACCUCUCCAUCAUGCCUCUGGGCGCCAUCCACCUCGAGUUUCACUCCAGCGGGAAUCACUACGUCUGGAGGAAAGUCACCUCCACCGUGCACAACAUCAUCGUGGGCAAGCUCUGGAUUGACCAGUCUGGUGAAAUAGAGAUUGUUAACCAUAAGUCAAAAGAUAAAUGCCAGCUGAAAUUUACCCCCUACAGCUACUUCUCCAGGGACGUCCCCCGAAAGGUGACGGGGGUGGUGAGCGACGCCGAUGGGAAAGCCCACUACGUCAUGUCCGGCACGUGGGACGAGAAGAUGGAGUACUCCAAGAUAGUGCAGAGCAGCCAUGGCGGCAGCAGCACGGAGGGCAAGCAGAAAACCGUCUACCAGACGCUGUCUCCAAAGAUCCUGUGGAAGAAGUACCCCCUCCCGGAGAACGCUGAGAACAUGUACUUCUUCUCGGACCUGGCCCUCACCCUGAACGAGCCCGAGGAGCGCGUGGCGCCCACCGACAGCCGGCUGCGGCCCGACCAGCGGCUCAUGGAGAGCGGCCGCUGGGACGAGGCCAACGUGGAGAAGCAGCGGCUGGAGGGGAAGCAGCGAGCCGUGCGCCGGAGGCGAGAGGCCGAGGGCGUGGAAGCCCUGGAAGAAGGCAAGGACUACGAGGGCUACAUCCCGCUGUGGUUCGAGCGCAAGGUGGACGCGGUGACGGGGGAGCUGAUCUGCGUCUACUAGCUGAUCUGCGUCUACAAAGGCGGCUACUGGGAGGCCAAGGACAAGCAGGACUGGAGUCUGUGCCCCGACAUCUUCUGA